UCUUCUUCUUCUUGAACGCCCACCGUUUUCUGUUAGAACUUGCCCCUCUCUCUCUCUCUCUCACGCGCGCUCGCUCGCUCACCUUCUGCUCCUCAUCUCCGUCGUGGACCCUUAGGAGAUAGAACCCUAUCCUUUGUAUCCGCUCGUGUCUUCGUUUGGCAUGGCGAAGAGCCGCGAUCUUUGCCGUAGGAUCGACCGCUCCGAUGGCUUCGCGACCCUGACCCUCGAUCUCUUCUCCGGGUCCCCAAACCCUAACCCUUGCUCGUAUUCCAGAUCCGCGAAGCGGGUCCGCGUCAGCUGCGCCUCCCCUGCCGCCGCGGCUGCGGAGGAGAACCGGAGCAACCCGUUCGAUUCGCUCUCCGAGGAGGUCCUCUUCUUGAUCCUGGAUCGCCUGGAAUCGGACCCACUCGACAAGAAGUCGUUCUCGCUCGUCUGCAGGUCGUUCUACGCCGCCGAGUCACGCCACCGGCGGGCGCUCACGCCGCUCCGGUCCGGCCUCCUCCCGGCGGCCCUCGCCCGCUACCCCUCGGUCUCGCGGCUGGACCUCUCCCUCUGCCCCAGCGUCACCGAUGCCGCUCUCGCUUCCGUUGGCGGCGCCCUCCGAUCGUCGCUGCGCUCGAUCGACCUCUCGAGGUCGAGGGGGUUCUCGUACGCCGGGAUCGAGAGCGUCGCCGUGAACUGCGCGGCUCUGGUGGAGAUCAACCUCUCCAACGCCACGGAUCUGAGCGAUGCGGCCGCGGCCGCGAUCGGGCGGGCCAGGAAUCUGGAGAAGCUGUGGUUGGCGAGGUGUAAGAUGGUGACGGAUAUGGGGAUCGGGUGCAUCGCGGUCGGCUGCCAGAAGCUGAGGUUGCUCUGCUUGAAAUGGUGCUUGGGGAUUUCGGAUUUGGGGGUCGGUUUGGUGGCUGUAAAAUGCAAGCAGCUACGGAGUUUGGAUCUCUCCUUCGUGCCGCAGAUAACAGAAAAGUGCCUUCCUGCUGUCCUACAAUUACCACAUCUUGAAGAUUUGGCUUUAGUAGGAUGCCUGAGUAUAGAUGAUGAAGGUCUCAUGUCUGUCAAGCAAGAGUCCAAGUCACUUCAGGUUCUGGAUAUGUCAAACUGUCAACAUGUCAAUCAUGCUGGAUUUUCUUCCUUAUUGAGUAAGACUCCUGAAUUACGCGAAAUAAGUCUAGCAUACUACUGCAAGGUAACACAUUCACUUGCUAGCAGCUUACAGAAGCUCUACAAUUUGCAGUCUAUCAAAUUAGAUGGUUGUGAGGUCACAACUUCUGGACUGAAAACUAUGGCAAAUUCUUGCAGAUCACUGGGGGAACUUAGUCUGAGCAAGUGUUCAGGAGUGACAGAUGAAGGACUUUCUUUUUUCGUGACGAAACACAAGGGACUGGUUAAAUUAGAUGUCACAUGCUGUCGCAAUAUAACCGAUCUCUCGCUGGCCAGCAUUACUAGUUCGUGCACUUCUCUUACCAAUCUUAGCAUGGAAUCUUGCAUCCUGGUCUCUAGGGAGGGUUUCCGACUGAUUGGUCAGCAUUGUCAUCUCUUGGAGGAACUAGACCUCACUGAUAAUGACUUGGACGAUGAAGGCCUUAGAGCCAUCUCAGGAUGUCACAAUCUCUCUGUCUUAAAAAUUGGCAUAUGCUUGAAGAUCAGUGAUGAAGGUCUUAUUCAUGUUGCAAAAGGUUGUCCAAACCUCCAAGAGCUUGAUCUGUACAGGUCUGUAGGAAUAACGGACAUCGGUGUUAUGGCUAUAGCUCGUGGUUGCCCUCUGUUGCAGAUAAUCAAUCUAUCAUACUGCACAGAAGUAACUGAUUAUUCGUUAAGAUCAUUGUCAAAAUGCUCGAAUUUGAAUACACUGGAAAUUCGUGGUUGCCAAGUCUCAUCUUCAGGACUUGCUGUCGUUGCUGUGGGAUGUCGAAAACUCACAAAGCUUGACAUCAAGAAAUGCUAUUUCGUAGAUGAUGCUGGAAUGCUUCUACUUGCUCGCUUCUCCCAGAAUUUGCGUCAGAUAAAUUUGUCAUAUUGUUCAGUAACAGAUGUGGGGCUUCUGGCACUUGCUAGUGUCAGCUGCCUACAAAACAUGACAAUUUUACAUUCGGGGGGACUUACAUCAAAUGGCUUGGCCGCUGUUUUGGUGGCAUGUGGCGGUCUAACAAAAGUGAAACUCCACUCAUCAUUUAAACCAUUGAUUCCAAAGCCUAUUCUUGAGCACGUCGAAGCCAGGGGGUGUUUGUUCCAGUGGAGGGACAAACCUUUCCAGGUUGAACUUGAGCCAAGUGAAGUUUGGAAGCAGCAAUCACAAGAAAUGCAUGUGUAGAAAAAAAAAAAAAAAUCUCUGAUCUCAGGACCGUCUUUGACCAAAAAACACUGAGGAUUUCCAUGAGUCAGAAGAUGAUUCAACUAAAGCUGGGAAGUGCAAGUCACAACCACAAAUGUAGAGGAAACAGAAAGCUUUGAACCUGUAAUGAUGUACACUACCGCUGUGAGAGGAAGAGUGCAAAGUUUUCGAUGGAUGCUUUUGCUCAUGUUUUCUUGCUUUUAUAUCGUCAUGAAUUGGCAGGUCGACAGGAAACUGAAUUGGUAACAUCUUGAGGUUGAUUCUUGCCAUUCGAACAAGCAUCUAAAAUUGGGAAUCGAAACUUUUU